CUUUCAUGGAUAACCAAGCGUUUGAACUCCAAGGAGAAAAAAUCCCAAAUUUUCCUGGAAGGAAUGAAAAGUCCAAAUUUGAGGAAAAAAAAGGGAAUUGGUCCAUGUGGAAGAUUUUUUUCCUGUGUUUUUUGGCUUGUUUGGUUACGACAAUAAUUGGAAUUUUGGCCCUUUCUUUGGUGAUGGUUCAUCAUACAAAAUUCCUUCAGGAAUCAAUCCAGGACUUUUUUCCAGUUCCUUCUCAAAUUCCUGAGAAAGUUGUGGAGAGGAAAUUCCAAUUCUUGAACCAUUUGAGCAAAUCCAAGAUCCAUAAAUAUCCCGGAGGAGAAAUCCAAUGGGCGAGAUUCCGUCGAGAUUUUCAGGAAUAUCAAACGGAGGAAGAAAUGGAAUUUGGGAAAAGUCUCAAUUCCCAUCGAUCCCAAAUAACCUUCGGAACGUUAAGGAUCAGGAGCAAAGGAUUAAGAAUUCCUCAUUGGCAUUUUAAUGCCAAUGAACACGGAUAUCUUCUCCAGGGCUCUGCUUGGGUGGGAGUGAUCGGAGCAGAUGAUCAAGUGAUCACCACCUACAACGUCUCCGCUGGUCAAGUGAUUUUUUUCCCAAGGAAUACAAUCCAUUGGUUGAAAAAUGUGGGAAAAGAGGAUUGUCUUUUCCUGCUUUUCUUCAGCACCCACGAGGAGCUCCUCACCUUGGAUAUGGAUGAUGCUUUUUUUGCCACCCCUGAGGACAUCUUGGCAAGAGCUUUGAAGGGCUCUGCUUGGGUGGGAGUGAUCGGAGCAGAUGAUCAAGUGAUCACCACCUACAACGUCUCCGCUGGUCAAGUGAUUUUUUUCCCAAGGAAUACAAUCCAUUGGUUGAAAAAUGUGGGAAAAGAGGAUUGUCUUUUCCUGCUUUUCUUCAGCACCCACGAGGAGCUCCUCACCUUGGAUAUGGAUGAUGCUUUUUUUGCCACCCCUGAGGACAUCUUGGCAAGAGCUUUGAAGCCUCAAGGAGGAGUCAAAUUCAUCAGAACGUUCCUCAAACCCCAAGAAGACCAAACCAUUAACCUCCCGCCCAACCUUGACCAACUCAUCCACAAUUCCACCUAUACCCAAUCCCCAGAUCACCUCGUCUGGCAAUUCUUCUACGACCUCCAAGGUUCAAUGGAAUAUCCAUUCCCAGGUGGAAUAUUCCAAUGGGCUCGGUACCGAAAAAACACCACCGGUUUAACGGAAAACCAAAAAAUCUUCAGUGAAAGUCUCCACAAGUAUGAAAACACUUUGACUUUGGCAACGCUUCGGAUUUUUACCGACGGAUUGGGACAACCUCAUUUCCAUUUCAAUGCCAACGAGUUGGGUUAUGUGGUCAGUGGAUGUGGACAGUUGGAAACUCUUGGGAUGAAGAAAUAUUUCCAUGGAACUUCUGAUCAUAUCCUGGCUCAGAUUUUUUCCAAGGAUCAAGAAGAAUUCAAAAAAUUCCCUAAACCUGCUUAA